AUGUCAAUUCAACGUACACCACCAGUUGCCGGUAAAGGCUCCUUCGAAGACUUCCUCCAGCAGCAUUUGGAUAAAUGCGAGAGGGAGAUCGUAAAAUUGGUGACCAAUGUCAAGAAGAAGGGCAGAGCAUGCUUUUCCGUGCCGAUGCUUAGCGGUAGGCUAGCGGGCUUGGAAAAGUCAUGGCAAGAGGCCCAGGAACGCCAUGAGAUAGUUCUGACCAAGGUAGCCCAAGCCGAUCGGGAAAAGCUGGAUUAUUUCCAGGAAGAUUUCAUCGGCACGUUGCAGGAAGCGGUGUACGACGCGCGAGAUUUCUUCAACGAGGAAUUGGCUGCGUUACAGCCUCCGCCUCCAGCUCCCGUCGCACCCGCACCAGUUCCUGCACCUGCAGCGGUUCCACCGCAAGCUGCAGCAGAACUGCCUCCGCCAGCUUAUGGCUAUUCGCCCUUCAGGCUGCCCGAGACGAAAAUACCUCGGUUUAAGGGAGAUCCUAGGGACUGGUUCAGUUUUCGGGAUCUCUUCCGGGCGGUCAUCAUUGACAACCGGCAUUUGUCCGACGCACAACGACUGCAGCAGUUGAGAACCUGCGUUGAAGGCGCCGCCUUGAGGUCGAUUGUCAACCUGGAAAUUUGUGACAGAAAUUUCCAAGUAGCGUGGAAUACGCUGGAACGACAAUUCGCCAAGGAGCGAGUCGUUGUUAAAUCGUUAUUGGCUCCGUUACGGGAGCUCAAGACGAUUAAAAAGGACAAUUUGGAAAGUAUUGAACAGGUGACCAUUGAUCUUCAGCAGAUGGUUGAAGCUCUGCGACGAUGGGACUGCCCGGUGGAAUACUGGAGCAUUCUACUCGUAGACAGAGUCACUGAGAAGUUCGAUGAGAGCUUAAAUUUAGAAUGGGAAGAAUCGAUCCAGGACACGGAUCGAUUCCCGACGUUCGAGAGGCUCGUGCGGUUUCUUGAAAUGAAAGCGGGUGCUUUACGAUCCGUCCAUGGAAAGUCCGUAACUCGUAAGCCCGAACGAUCACGCACUGAGAGAAAUCGAGUGCGUUCCCAUACAAACACCUUAAGGAAUGAGGAAGCUCCGGAAGAAAGGUGUUUUUAUUGCCGCAAACCUCAUGCGUUACGUGAGUGCGAGCAAUACAUGCUACUUACUCCUGGCGAACGGUAUAAGUACGCAAAGACGAGCCAGCACUGCAUCCUGUGCUUGUCGUCUAAGCAUUUAGCAAACGCUUGCCCAUCGUCAACUCUAUGUCAGAAAUGCGAUGGGAGACAUCAUACAUUGCUUCAUUUCGAGCAAGCCAGUGCAGCGAGUAACACGCAGCCUGCAUCUCGGAGCAAUGCCGGCACGAGCGAUACCAGACGGUCAAACAGUAGGUUUGCGAAGAAAAGAAUAAAUUCCAAGCCGACGUCAAACAACGCGGUGUCGUCUCAUUGCGGUGCAAUGUCAAGCAAAGUGGGAAAUGCAGUGUUGCUUGCGACGGCCCUCGUGCGUAUACACGGGCCCAAUGGAAAAUCGAGAGUCGCUCGGGCACUCCUUGACCAGGGGUCCGAGGCCUCGUUCAUCUCUACGAGCUUGGUAGAUGAUCUGCAGCUCGUACGACAUAAAAGUCCAGCGGUAGUGACUGGACUUGGCGGUGACCGAACCGCGACCCUAAAAUACAGCGUCGAAGUGGGACUAGGCAGUGUCGAGUGCGAGGAGUCGAUGCUACGAGCGAGAGCCCUCGUAGUGUCAAAAAUAACCGCAUACACUCCGCCACAGGUCAGUGUGCCCUUGAACGAACUGUUCAACGACUUGAAACUGGCCGAUCCCGAGCCUAUAUCGAGUAGGCGUAUCGAUAUGCUGUUAGGAGCUGAUAUAUAUGCGCUCAUUUUGAAAGGAGGCAUCCGUCGGAUAGACGAGAACUCUCCGAUCGCACAGGAUACAAUGUUUGGAUGGGUGCUUUCCGGACCAUGCAAAGGUGCCACAACUGCACGUAAUGUCAGAGCGUUGCAGUGUAACGUACUAGAAUCGCUGGACGAAGCGAUUCGGAGGUUUUGGGAAGUGGAAGCUGUACCCAUGAAGGCUCCGAAAACAUUGGAAGAGGAAGAGUGCGAGGCACAUUUCUCUAGAACGGUCCAGCGGACGAACGAAGGUCGAUUCGUCGUCCGCCUUCCCUUUAAGGUACCGCAUCCGGAGAUUGAGCUGGGAGAUUCCCUACGAUGUGCUCUCUCCGCGUUGACGAGAUUGCGGAAAAAGCUGGACCAGGAGUCGACACUCGUAACGCAGUACAGCGAAUUCCUGGCGGAGUACGAGUCGAUGGAACAUAUGACGAAGCUCAGGUCAAUUGAGCCGUCCCGACUGUACAUCCCGCACAGGGCUGUAGUUCGUGCGGAAAGCAUGACCACUAAGCUGCGAGUUGUUUUCAAUGCGUCAAGUGUCACGUCAAGCGGCCGCUCGCUGAAUGACCUUCUUCAUAUCGGGCCAAAAUUGCAGCGGGACAUUACCAUUAUCCUAACGAAUUGGCGGUUGUACCAAUUCGUAAUGGUAGCGGACAUCGAGAAGAUGUUCCGCCAGAUACUCGUUGCCCCGGAAGACCGACGCUAUCAGUGCAUCUUGUGGCGUGCACCAAAAACCGAACAGCUUACGGCUUUUGAAUUGAACACCGUGACGUAUGGAACGGCGUGUGCCCCAUAUUUGUCAAUGCGUACCCUUCUCGAACUCGUGCGUGAGGAAGGAGCGGAGUUCCCUCUCGCAGUUCCCGUGAUCGAGAAGGACGUUUACAUCGAUGAUGUGUUCAUCAGUGCACCAGAUAAAAAACGAGUGGACCUCAUUCGGAAUCAGGUGUGCCAAUUACUGCAACGAGGAGGUUUCCACUUGAGAAAGUGGGCGGGAAACUCAGCGGACUUGCUGCGAAACAUCCCGAUAAGUGAGCAUUCACACGCCGUCGACCUGUCUCUGUUCGAAGAUUCAGAGUUAAAGGUACUCGGUUUACGAUGGGUGCCAUCGGCGGAUUACUUUUAUUUCAAUUUGACCAGGUUUCAACCGUCCGCAACUCCACCGACGAAGCGUUCUUUGUUUUCCGAGAUUGCGAAGCUCUACGAUCCGCUUGGUUGGUUAUCACCGGUGGUCGUUAGAGCAAAGAUAUUAAUGCAAUCACAAUGGUUAGAAAAGAUACACUGGGACCAGUCGGUAUCGAUGGAAACCCACAGAACAUGGAACAAUUUCUGUGAGGACUGGAUCAAAUUGAAUAAUUUGCGAAUUCCGCGAUGGAUUGGAAUAGGAGCAGAUGUCAUCUCCGUGGAGUUGCACGGCUUCUGUGAUGCAUCGCUCGCUGCGUAUGCCGCCGCCGUGUACAUACGAGUAACCACGGCGAGAAACAAAGUGGUCACAUCUUUGUUAAUAGCAAAAUCGCGAGUAGCUCCCAUCAAGACGCUUACCGUUCCUGUUCUGGAGCUGAACGGUGCCCUCCUCCUCGCCGAGCUGUUAAAGCACGUGGCGAGUUCGCUUGCAGUACAAGCGGAGCGUGUUUUCUGCUGGACGGAUUCCACGAUUACACUCGCGUGGAUUAAAAAACAUCCGUCGACCUGGAAGCUGGUUAUAGCAAACAGGGUGUCAAAAAUCCAGACCACGUUGCCCACCGCGGUUUGGCGGCAUGUUCCCACGCGUUCCAAUCCUGCCGACCUGAACUCUAGAGGAGUCGAGGCAGAGGAGCUUUUGAACUCAAAGCUGUGGACGCAAGGGCCAAGUUGGCUGCAAAAAUGUGAAGCAGAGUGGCCUGUAACCCCUGCUUCCAUAGAUACUGACGAUGGAAAACGUGUGACCUACGCCCACGUCACCACCCAGAAGGGAGAAUGGGAGCUGCUUUCCCGCUUCUCCAAGUGGAGUCGUCUCCUUCAUGUGGUGGCCUAUUGUAUCCGGUUUUAUAGGAUACUGAAGGGCGACAGGAAAAAGGAUAACACGGCGCUCGAUUUCGCUGAGUUGCAGGAUACGAGCAAGGAGUUCUGCGAGUCGGCGGACGACUGA